CCCCCGCAGAAAUCCCCCGGCCUCGCCGUAUAUGCGAGGCGCCGCCGCCGCUGCCGCUCACUCGCAGCGCCCGCAGCCCCGCCGCCAUGAUCGCCGCUCGCCGCGCCGCAGAGCCGCCCGCCAUGGACGGCUACGAGCCCCCCAAGAAGGAGCGUCAGGGCGGCUUCCCGCUCGACGACCGCCACGACAGCGGCCUGGACUCCAUGAAGGAGGAGGAGUACCGGCAGCUGGUGAAGGAGCUGGAGGACAUACGGCUGCAGCCCCGCGAGCCGCCCGCCUGGGCACAGCAGCUGACGGAGGACGGGGACACUUUUCUCCACUUGGCCAUUAUUCACGAGGAAAAAGCCCUGAGCCUGGAGGUGAUCCAGCAGGGAGCCGGUGACCGGGCUUUCCUGAACUUACAGAACAACCUCAGCCAGACUCCUCUUCACCUGGCAGUGAUAACUGAUCAGCCUGAAAUUGCUGAGCAUCUUCUGAAGGCCGGAUGCGACCUGGAAAUCAGAGACUUCCGAGGAAACACCCCGCUGCACAUUGCCUGCCAGCAGGGCUCCCUCAGGAGCGUCAGCGUGCUCACACAGUACUGCCAGCCACACCAUCUCCUCGCUGUCCUGCAGGCAGCCAACUACAACGGUCAUACAUGUCUUCAUUUGGCAUCUAUUCAAGGAUACCUGGCUAUUGUUGAGUAUCUGCUGUCCUUGGGAGCAGAUGUAAAUGCACAGGAGCCAUGUAAUGGCAGAACAGCACUACAUUUGGCAGUUGAUCUGCAGAAUUCAGACCUAGUGUCGCUUUUGGUGAAACACGGGGCAGACGUGAACAAAGUGACCUAUCAAGGCUAUUCCCCCUAUCAACUCACAUGGGGAAGAGACAACUCAAGCAUACAGGAACAGCUGAAGCAGCUGACCACAGCUGACCUGCAGAUGUUGCCAGAAAGUGAGGAUGAAGAGAGCAGUGAAUCGGAGCCUGAGUUCACAGAGGAUGAACUUAUAUAUGAUGAUUGCCUUAUUGGAGGACGACAGCUGGCAUUUUAAAGCAGGGCUUUCUCUGAAAAGAAGUGACUGUAUACAUAUAUAGAUGUAUAGAAAAAGGACUGACUUUGUGCAUCCAAAAGGAGGUCACAACGUGGAGAGAAAAAAGAGGAGGGAAGUACUACACUGCCCAGCAAGGAGAAGGAGUACGUAAUUGUAACAGGACAGUUCCAGGAUCUCCCUUGUGUUUAAAUACAGGAGUGGGAUGUGUAACAUCAGUACAGAUCUGUGAUUAUUCACACCACCUGAUAAAGAGCCACAUAGCUAACCUUCUCAGCCCUGCAAAGGUAACAGACUACACAUCCAACCUGCUUAUUACAGGCAGCUUUCUUGUGGCAUCAAGUACUCCAGGGAACAAAGGUCCUUUUGUGGCAAAGUGGAACUUGUGCCAACACCCCUUCUCAGAGACUCUGCAUUCAUUUGUGCUGGUGGCAGUCCCUGUCCUUUCUGAAGGACCUCAGCUGCUCUCAGUGGGGUGUCCCAGGUGGAGGAGUCAGACCAAGGGACUGGUGUCCUCUUGGCUCUUAGGCAAAAGUAGCAAUAAUGUUAACUCUGGGCAUUGGAAAAGUGUGUUUCACACUGUGUGUGUCAUAAUUGCUACACUUUUUAGCAACUGUAUAUUGUGUAAAUACUGUACAUUUUUUGUUUAUAAUUAUUUUGGUACAUGUGAGGUAUGUAUUUAUUAAAAAAGUCAGAUUACUCUGUCA